AUGAAUCACUGUGCGAUACAGCAAGGCAACGCCCUCUCAGCUUGCGAAGACAUGAGGGCUUAUUCAAGAGACUCCGUCGUUUGUCCCAAACCUCGCCGUUUUGGCCUUCUAAACGCCAGCCCUCACGAGCCCGUCAGAUCUUUCAGAUGGCAAUUUGGCCACCAAGCGGAGCUCUGUGAUCCAAAGGCAGGGUCUGAUAUUUUGGACAACCUCCUCACAAAGGGAUCUUUCGGCGUUGAACAAUUUUCGUGUACAGAAAUGGCCUCGCAGCACCCAUUUUAUAACGGGUCGCCGCCCAGCAGAGUAGCUAACCCAUUAAUUCAGGACGCUCGAUUUGGGAAUGAGAAACUCACCCCAUUCUCACCACUGUCACCAAUACCCACCCCGUCUGGUCUAUCCUCAUCUCCUUCGUCAUCCACUAGGAAAGGAGGCUUUGUUCGGGCCAAUUUUGGGAGCAAACCAGCAGUGAGGGUCGAGGGGUUUGAUUGCCUGGAUAGGGAUAGGAGAAAUUGCAGCAUCCCUACCCUGGCAUAG